AUGAAGAUCAUAGACAUGAAAGCCAUUCGCCGCCGGAGGUCACCUUACGAGCGCAUGCCCUACUAUCCACGGUCUCGAGCACGAUAUGUGGAUGAGCCUCUGUGGGACGCUAUACGCUUUCCGAUUAUUCCUUAUCGCCCAUGGGUCAAGCUUGUCGAUGCGGAGGGGAAUAAGGUCUCCCAACCGACACAGGACAGACCCCCUGUCUCUGAUGGCAUACCUCGCGCCGUGUCCCCCGUUAUCGCGCAGGAUGUUGAGACCCUGCAGAACGAACAAACAAACCCGCUGCAGAACGAAGGGCAGGUGCAUGCCACGAGCGAUGGCGUGCAUGCCACAGCCGGGUGCGCAUAUCCUCAAGAGAACGUGCUUCCGGCUACGCAGAGCUCCAGUGUCGCUACCAUACAGGGUCUUACGCAAACUAGGCAUCCGCAUACAUCUGCUCCCCCUCGCCUGACCCGGCUGGCCAAUGUUCAGCCGCACGAACAUGCGCCCUCUGACUCCUCGCUCCCGACUGGGACGCCAUCAAUGCUCACACACCCUCCUGACGAACCCAGCGCAGGCGUGGACGUCAUCCCGGCGAGUCCUCCGCCCGCUGUGACCGAUCUUGCCGCUUCGCCUGUUGGAGUCUCUUCUACCUUCGCUUCAGACAGACAUAAACUACGAAAAUAUGGCGUUGAGAUGCGCACUUUUCGUUCAAAGGGUGCCCCGAUCAACACCCCCCCUCAUGUCGAUGCUGCAGCCGAGUACGACACGUAUCUACAUCAGAGCGAUGGCUGCGAUCGGGUAUGGUAUGCCACUGCCGAUGGAGAUUGGGUACCCGCGCCUAUCGGGAAGGAACACCCCAAGUAUCCAGAUCAUGAACUCUACCUCUCAAAUGACAACUGGGCGCGAUGGCUUUUGAAGAAGACGGUUUCUACGUACAAGGGCAGGAAGGUGGGCGAACCGCAGAGCAAGCCUCGCGCUGGCUGA